CGUUGUACGUCUGUCAAAAAGCGCAAAGUUUUGAGCGGUCUAAUUUCGAUGGAAUCCAGCGGCGUUUAGUGUUUUUAUUCCUCUAAUGGGAAAGAUCCACCGUAGGGACGAACUGGAGAUAAUACCGUUAACAGAGAGCAUACAAAACAGACGCAGCAUACAGAGGAAACGGUUGAAAAUGCAGAGGACACCGUACAUGUCCGAUCCCUCGAUCCUUCCACGCGUACAGAAGUACCUGGAGUCGAAUUUGGACAAGAACUACGUGGACAUUAAUGCGAUGGCGGAUGAGCUUCAGUCCCAGUACAGGGAGUAUGCCAAAAGGAAGCGAAGUGCUUUCAGGGCUGCAGUCAAGAAGGCUUAUUCGGUGGUGCUCAACAACUACGGGAACGACGACAACGGCAGCACCGAAGACGACGACGACGACGACGAAGAGGAGGAUCUACCAGAGGACCAUCGAUAUUAUAUGAACCCACUAAAUCGAUUGUCAAAGAAACAAUCCCAUGGGGCGUCCAGAGAUUUCUAUUCCCAGUUGCAUCACUUACAUGAACUUGAAGCUCAUCCCAUUAACAGACAAAAUCAAAUGCACAGUCAUAAGAACAACACGAUGAACUCACAGCUGAUGAACCUGUACAACCGCAGCGGCAAUCGCCCUCAGACGUCCAGAGGUAAGGAGAUCGAGGACAGCGAGCUGAUCGUCGACAUCAGCAGCGACGACGAUUCGGAGAAGACGAAGGACAUGAACAGCACGAGACCGCCCAACGGCGCCUCCACCUCGCACAUGCCCUGUUUUCCCGCUGGCAAGCGUGUGGCGGACCCUGAACCCCUGGAAAUUGCCGUCAACCCGUACGAGAUGGCCACCAGGAAGAGGAAGUUCGAAAAUUCCAGUCUCAACUCUAAUAAUCAAGCACAGACAAACAACAUACCAAAUGCUAAAAAGAAAAAAGGUGUGUCCACGCUGGAGAAGUCCUCGAUCACUUUUAAAGACGUGGGAGGCAUGAACAGAGUGUUGGAGGACGUGUGUAAGCUGUUGCUUCACAUGAAACACCCCGAAUUGUACAAAAACAUUGGGAUCUCGCCCCCCAGGGGAUUUCUGUUGCACGGCCCCCCGGGCACCGGUAAGACUCUUUUGGCCAACGCCAUCGCCGGGGAGCUGAAUAUUCCGCUGCUGAAAGUGGCUGCCCCGGAACUGGUGGCCGGAGUUUCCGGCGAAAGUGAGGAGAGGAUCAGGGAACUGUUUGAUAAAGCUAUGGCGUCGUCGCCCUGCAUUCUGUUCAUAGACGAAAUCGACGCCAUCACACAAAACCGACAGAACGCCCAGAAGGAGAUGGAACGCAGAAUAGUCGCCCAGUUGUUGACUUGUCUAGAUGAUUUGGGACAAAACGAAUUGGGCGACAGGGUGCUGGUGGUUGGGGCCACGAACCGGCCUGACUCAAUAGAUCCAGCCCUGCGACGUGCAGGACGUUUCGACCGUGAAAUCUGCCUGGGUAUUCCGGACGUGGCGUCCAGGGCGCAGAUACUGAAGGUACUCACUAGGGGCUUGAAGCUGGCCGAAAACUUCGACAUGGAGGCCAUCGCCAAAUACACUCCGGGCUAUGUGGGCGCCGACUUGUUGUCGUUGACCCGAGAGGCCGCCAUGUCGGCUGUGAACAGGGUUUUCAAUGAAAUCCGGGAGACGCGCAAGUUGUUAGAGGCUCAACAGUCGGCGGAGCCGACCCCCGUCCCCACAGAAGUGACCAAUGAUCUGACUGUCAACAAAGUGGGCGAGGAUAACGACUCGGCCGAGGGCAAAGACGGUGGCGUCUCUAACGACAGUAGCAAAAGCGACGCAGAGCUGCAGGUCGUGGUGGACGACGAGACGUCUAAGGAUGAAUGCGUGGUGGUGGUCAGCGAAGCCGAAGACGGUGGCAAAAAGGUGCCAUCGCCGUCGACUUCGACAACAGUCAACGUGGUCGACGACAAGGACGACAGGUCCUCGGUAAUCGACGUCGGGGACAAUCAGCAGGAGCCGAUGCCCGUCGACACCGUGGUGAAGGACUUGUCACCGUUGGAGGAACUAAUCUCGUGGCUACAUGACAAGCGGUCGCUGAGCCCGGCACAGCUGCACAACCUCUACAUUACAAUGGAGGACUUCGGCAAGGCGCUGAAGUGCGUGCAGCCGUCGGCGAAGCGAGAGGGCUUCGCCACCGUGCCGGACACGACCUGGGCCGACGUCGGGUCGUUGAACGACGUGAGGGAGGAGCUUCAAAUGGCCAUACUGGGUCCAGUUCGGCAUGCGGAACAAUUUGAGGCGUUGGGCGUUAGCGUGCCCACUGGCGUUUUGCUCUGCGGGCCGCCUGGCUGCGGUAAAACCCUCUUGGCCAAGGCCAUAGCCAAUGAAGCCGGAAUCAACUUCAUUUCGGUUAAAGGACCUGAACUGUUAAAUAUGUAUGUGGGUGAGAGCGAAAGGGCAGUACGUGUGUGUUUCGAGCGGGCAAGGAACUCGGCGCCCUGCGUCAUUUUCUUCGACGAAUUAGAUGCCUUAUGUCCAAAGAGGUCCGACUCCAGAGAGGGCGGAGCCACGAUGCGGGUGGUGAACCAAAUGUUGACGGAAAUGGACGGCGUCGAAGGCCGACGUGGGGUCUUCCUGCUGGCGGCCAGUAACCGGCCGGACAUCAUAGAUCCGGCGGUACUACGUCCUGGACGUCUGGACAAAAUCAUCUUCGUGGGUCUGCCGACCGGGUCUGAUCGUGUGGACAUCUUGAGGGCCAUCACCAAGGAGGGCACGAGGCCGCAAUUGGCGCCGGACGUUGAUUUGACGGCGGUUUCGGAGACUUGCCAAGGAUACACCGGGGCGGAUCUGGCAGCUUUGGUCAGGGAGGCUGGUGUGGAGGCGCUUAAGGAGUUUAUGUUGCACGGAGAUUCGCAGCAGCCCUUGAUGGUUGGGACUGAGCACUUCAAAAAGGCGGUAGCCAAGAUUCGACCCUCUGUGUCUGAAAAAGAUCAGAAACACUACGAUAAACUGCGGAAAGUCUACGCUGCAGUUCCAGUCCAAACUGAAGUGGAGGAAAUGGAGUACACCUAGAAUUACUGCACAUUGCAAGAAAGCUAACCAAAAUUGUUGUAAAUAUCCCAUGUUGACAAGGAUUGUUGGUUUUCCUUUAAGUCUUUUAAUUCAGAAAUUUUAUUGAUUUUAUUAUUUUUACAGGAAUUGAACCUUUUUAAUCUUUUCAACUUCAGUAGAAUGUAUUUUAUAUUUAGAUAAAAGUUUCGUAAAAACUUAAA